AUGAAGUACACUACUGCCAUUCUUUCAGGCCUCAUGGCUGCUACCGCUGUAGCUCAACCCCACCUUCGUCAUCAACAUGUCGCCAGACACGAAAAGCGAGAUAUUGCUUGGGUUACCGAGACCGAAAUAGUUACCGAAACGGUUGAUUAUACGACCACCGUUUGGGUUUCCGCUGGUCAAUUACCCGCUCCCAGUACCAGCGCUCCAUCUGUGACUCCUACCACUUUGGCAACUAUACCAAAGUCUUCUGCUGCGGCUUCCACUUCUGUCCCAAAAUCUACUGCUGCGGCUUCCACUUCUACUUCAAAGUCUACUGCAGCAGCUAGUAGCUCUACUAGAGCUGUUCUCGAUCAGAAACCAAGCUCCUCAAGCUCUUCGUUUGUGGCUCCAUCUUCUUCUACCUUCGUUUCUGUUGCUGUUCCAUCUACGACACAUACUUCCACAGUCGUUCUUCCUACUACCUCGAGUGUCGCCCCAGUCAUUCCAACCACAUCAAGUGUCGUACCCGUUGUUAAACCAACUACCUCGAGUGUCGUCCCAGUUGUUAUUCCAACCACAUCAAGUGUCGCACCCGUUGUUACUCCAACUACCUCGAGCGUUGCCCCAGUUAUUCCAACUACCUCCAGUGUAGCUCCAGUCGUUAUUCCAACCACUUCUAGUGUCGCGCCAGUUAUUGUUCCAACUACCAGUGUCGUACCAGUUGUUAUUCCAUCCUCAACCGCCGCAGCUCCAGUCCCGACAACAACCUACGCAUCAUCCUCUUCCUCUGGGUCCUCUGGAUCCUCAUCUGGAGUUUGCGGUUCCGAUAGUCCAUGUACUGGAGAUAUGACUUUCUAUGAAGCUGGUCUUGGAGCAUGUGGAAUCACAACUGAUGGAUCCACCUUUGCCGGUGUUGCUCUUCCAGUUGGUCUCAUGGGUUCCCUCUCAAACAAUAACCCAUACUGUGGAAAGACAAUCACCAUCAAGUGUAACUCCACUGGUAAAACCACUCAAGCAACUGUCAUCGAUAAAUGUAUGGGUUGCGAGAAUAACUCAAUCGAUCUCACAAACUUCGCAUUCGAUCAACUCGCUGAAGAAGCUGUUGGCCGCACUCAAGCCACUUGGUACUUCAACGAUUAA